ACAAGCAGCAUCUACCCGGCGGCAGGCGGGAGCCAGAGAGGCCCGGAAGGCUGCGGAGUGCGCCAGCCACUCGGAGUCCAGCGCGCCCCUACGUCUCCUCGUCUUCCUACGCCUCCCACCCGCAAGGUCCGACUGGUCUCUUCGCCUGGGCCAAGCCUGGGAGGGGGUUAGGAGCAGCCGCGCCCCCCUCCCCGCGGCAGCCGCUACCCCCCCCCCCCCCACCUCCGCCCAGCUUUCUCAGAUCCGCUCACAGCCGCGUGCGCCCGGGCCGGUGCGCCCAGGCAGCGCCAGCCAUGUCGAUGCUGCCGUCGUUUGGUUUUACGCAAGAGCAAGUGGCAUGCGUGUGCGAGGUUCUGCAGCAAGGCGGGAACCUGGAACGCCUGGGAAGGUUCUUGUGGUCGCUGCCCGCCUGCGACCACUUGCACAAGAACGAGAGCGUGCUCAAGGCCAAGGCGGUGGUCGCCUUCCACCGCGGCAACUUCCGCGAACUCUACAAGAUCCUGGAGAGCCACCAGUUCUCGCCCCACAACCACCCCAAACUGCAGCAGCUGUGGCUGAAAGCGCACUACGUGGAGGCCGAGAAACUUCGCGGUCGGCCGCUGGGUGCCGUGGGCAAAUAUCGGGUACGCCGAAAAUUCCCGCUGCCGCGAACCAUCUGGGAUGGCGAAGAGACCAGCUACUGCUUCAAGGAGAAGUCGCGGGGCGUGUUGAGGGAGUGGUACGCGCACAACCCCUACCCCUCGCCGCGGGAGAAGCGGGAGCUGGCCGAGGCCACCGGCCUCACCACCACCCAGGUCAGCAAUUGGUUUAAGAACCGGAGGCAAAGAGACCGGGCUGCCGAGGCCAAGGAAAGGGAGAACACUGAAAACAAUAACUCGUCCUCCAACAAGCAGAAUCAACUCUCUCCUCUGGAAGGGGGCAAGCCGCUCAUGUCCAGCUCAGAAGAGGAAUUCUCACCUCCCCAAAGUCCAGACCAGAACUCGGUCCUUCUGCUACAGAGCAAUAUGGGCCACGCCAGGAGCUCAAACUAUUCUCUCCCAGGCCUAACGGCCUCACAGCCCAGCCACGGCCUGCAAGCCCACCAGCAUCAGCUCCAGGACUCUCUGCUGGGCCCACUCACCUCCAGUCUGGUGGACUUGGGUUCCUAAGUGGGGAGGUACUGGGGUCUUGAAGGGACGGCUGGAGAAGCAACCAACAUCAACAACUAGAGACACUUGUACAUAGACGGAAGGAACAGUUUUGCAGCUUGUCUCUGGGGUUCUUUGCGCAUAAAGGAAUGAUGGGCUUUCACAAAUGUCUUUUUAAAAAAAUCACAACCAACAGCGAUCUCAAUUGAGUAUAGUCUCCCUCUUCCCUCAACUCUUAAUACUCUUGCAUUUCCCCUCCCACUGAAAGGUCAGGAAACAAAGCAACUAGUCCUGGAUAACCCAGACAUUCAUUUCAGUAGCCGCCUCCUCCACCUCUUCUUCCACCUCUUCCCUCUCCUCCUCCUCUUCUUCAUCUUCUUUUAGUGAAGAAAAAUUACGAAUCAACUGUAUUUUAAUUAUUUCCUUUUUAUUUAUUGAUGGAGAAAUGGUUUAGGGAAGAGGAAAAGGAAACGAAGAGAAAGAGAGACAUGACAAAGAAAAUAAAAACAAAAACAAAUUGAAAAAAAAACCCUCCAGGCUGAGAGGAGCUGGCUGCGUUCUUAAGAUGAAUAGGAAAAAUAAAAUCAUAACUGUUUUGAUGGGGAAAAUUAAGUUUACAUUUUUCAUAUUUAGUGUUAAAUAAUUUUAUGUAGAUUAAAAUAAAAGAACAGUAUUAGUGGGGGAAAACAAGUGCCUAAAUGUCUUAAUGCUCUCUAUGUGAGGUGGCUAGAAAUAGAAGUGGCAUUAGUAAUACAACUAUUUUUGUCAAAUUUAGUGGGGUUUUUUUGGUGAUUGUUUUCUUUCUUUUUCUUUUGCUUAUGACAAACUCUAACAGUGUACCAACAAGGGAGGGGAAGCCACUUUCCUAACCGUCCUCACUCCUACCCUCAGGACUUUCCUACCGCAGGCUGCCUCUGCUGAGAGGACCGUCUAUUCCUACUUUCUUCUUGCACAAAGGUGCCAACAAACCUGGCAACCUGGGAUUUGUUACUAAAACAGCAAGUGUUUCUAGGCUUCUUUUCUAUUGUACCCAAACCAGUCUAAAUUAAAACUCAGUAGACCACCAGGAGUUUGAUUCUGUUUCUGAGAAAGGUGAGUCCUGUAUUGCUGUCAUUGGGCCUAUUUAGAAACAAGUCUGCUUGCUUACUUAGGAAUAGUUAUGAAUUACAGGUUAUUUUUGAAGCCUGUUACCGGAAACCAAGAAAAUAGGUUAAUGAUAUGACAAAAGAGACGACAUUUAGCCUUAGGUAUUUAUUUAUUUUUUAUUAUUUAGUAAUGCAAUUUUGUUUACCACUGUUUCUUCUCCACAGCAUUCAUGUUAACUCGGCUCUUCUGUGUUAACAGCUUAUGAAAAGACUGUGAAAGCAA